AUGUCAACGACUUUCGAAACAUUACCCAAUGAAAUUUUAAUGAUCAUCUUCAGAUAUGCUGGUGAUGUUCAUACGAUACUUCGAACAUUUCUUGGCUUAAACCAACGUCUUAAUAGAAUUCUCAUCGAUAAACGUUUGCAUUUGUUAACUGAUAUUUUAUCCAUCAAUAGUCGGCAUGUAUCCUUUGACAAUUAUUACAAUUCUGCAGUGUUUCACAAAGUUUCUCACGAGCUAUCAGUCGUAAAUGGUACAGUAAACGAACAACAACUUCAUCAAUGUUUUCAGUCGUUAAUGUCUUUUCAUGUCCAACAACUAUACAAGCAAUCGGGAGACGAACUCCAGUCAAAUCUGACAACGUUUAAAGUUCUUCGUCAACAACUUACCAAUGAUGAGAUCAUUGAUGUAGACAAGGAACUAUAUCAAACAUUCACCAACUUGCAGUACACCCCGAUGAACAUCGAUGGCAUGAAACAAAUAGAAUUCCUGGUUCUCAAAAGAGGUGCCCGUCUUGAGUGUAGUGAUUCUGAGCAGAGUGCUUUCAACCUUGCUAUGGCCAUCAACCGACUACUACAUUUUGAUCUUAGUAAUAUGAACUCCAACAAUCAACAACUUUUCCAUUUGAAAACUCAAAUGUUCAAAGCAGUAAUCUCUUCGAAUCCUCGUCUUCUGUCAAAUCAAGACUAUUUUAUCUAUUCUGUUUGUACUGUUUGGUAUUUUCUCUUCUAUGGUGUCUGUUGCGCACAAUAUUAUGGUUAUCAUUCUUAUGUUAUGCCUGUUAACAUGAAAUGUUAUCAAGCUGUCGUUAAUUUGGCGUUUUUUGCUAUACAAUGUCAAAGAUUACAGUGUAAUAUCGAAGAUUGGACUCAAACAAGUCUCUUCGAUAUAUUAUAUCUAAUUCCUGCACGCGACAUAGUCAAUAGAAAUGAAAUUUUCAUUGCUAACGCUCAAUGGAAAAUAUUACAAAUCAUCACUGAUAUUUAUAUUUCAACAGGGACACCGUCAUGGCAAGUCGAUGCCAACGAUAGAUUUCAAUCGAUUCUUAUCAAAUUGAUAAACAAAAAUCGCACAGAUGUGAUUCUUUUCAUUUAUCAUCGUCUUGAACAUGUGAGACAUUUCUUUAACCAGUCGCGCAAUUGUCGAAGUAUCAUCGAUAGUAUGACACGAAAUCACCUAGGACGACAAUUACUCAAAACACUUAUGAACGAAAGCCCAUUAGAAACUUGGGUUACUAGUAAAGAUCUAGUGUUCAUAUUGUUACAAAAGAAAGAACGCAAAUUAUUGGAACAUUUAUUAAGGUUAUCACUCUCUCUUGUUCACCAUUUAGAUGAAGAUGGAAAUGACCUACUACUUCAUGUCUGUCUGAAAGUUCGUGGUUGUCGACAUCGAUUGGUCGAAUUUCUCAUUAAAAUAAACUCAGAUCUUCAAAGAAGAAACUUCAACGGACAAAAUUUUCUCGAUGUAAUCAAACUGAGAAGAAAUCGAGAACUAUUAGAAAAGUUAAAUGUAGAAGAAUUUGUGAAUAUCGAUGAAGAACAGACUAAACCACAUGAUUCUAAAUCUAUCUGA